AUGAAAAAAUAUAUUAAAAAGAAAAAUUCCAUGACUUUAGCAGUAUCAAUUAAAAAACAAUGUUAUUAUGUAAUAGUUAGACAUCCACCAACUAUUCAUUCAAUUGUAACAAGACAACAAAUAUAUCAUAGAAUAAUAGAUUAUUAUCCAUGGGUAUCAAGAGGAAGAUAUAAUAUACCUAUUCAACAUUUAAUUGAUCAAAGAUUUAAAAAGUAUCAUCAUGAUGAUGAUGAUCAUCAUCAAUCUUCUCCAUCUUCUUCUCCUACUUCUACUUCAAAUUUAGUUAUUAAACAUUCAAUAACAAAUGUUAAUAAUCAAUUAGAUCAUGAUCCAUUAGUAUCAAUCAUUGUACCUGUUUAUAAUCAUUUGGAAUAUCUUUCAACAACCAUACAAUCAAUAGCAAAUCAAACUUUUAAAGAUUAUGAAGUAAUCAUUAUCGAUGAUGGUUCAACUGAAUGGAAUUCAUUUCAAAAGAUUAAUACUAUUUUUAAUCAAUUUUCAAAUCAUCUUAAUUUAACAAUAUUAUUUCAAGAUAAUUAUGGAUUAUCAACAUCAAGAAAUAAUGGUAUUCAAAUGAGUAGAGGUAAAUGGAUAUUUCCAUUAGAUGGUGAUGAUAUGAUUCAUCCAAAAACUUUGGAAUCAUUUAUUCAAAAGAUUUCAUCAGACUCGUCAAAUGAUCAUUCUUUAUCUACUACAAUGAUCAUUUCAGAUUUAGAAGGAUUUAUUCAAACUGGUAUAAAUACAUUUGAACCAUUAUUAAAUUGGAAGAUACCAUUGUUUUCAACUAGUAAAUUAUUGACAAAGAAUUUAUUUCAUUGUUCUGCAAUGUUUCCUAAACAAUGGUGGACUGAUAUGGGAGGCUAUAGUAAUGCUUUGUGGUUUGGAUGGGAGGAUUGGGAUUUUUGGUUACGAGCAGACCAUCAUCUUCGAGGUGGAAUCAAUCCAUUGGUCAUUCACAAAGAUUAUUUUAAAUAUCGUAUCAAGCCUGGAAUGCAUUCAUUUUGUAAAGAUAAUUUUAAAUUAUGUUUUGCAAUGUUUCAAACUUUACAUUCAAACUAUUAUACUCUAAAUGAAAUCAUCAAAGCACAUAGAAUCAUAGGAUCAAGAUAUUCAAUCAUACAACAACCAAUAAUCAAUAGACUCAAAGUAUUUCCAAAUGAAUAUAUAUUACAUUUAUGGAAUGGUUUGGCCUAUGAAUACUCUUCAACUGAUAGAAAAAAUAUUACAUCAAUUGCUAAAAAAUCUUUUCAAUUAUCAAUUAAAAAUAAUAUUAAAAAUGAUUGGCAACCAAUAGUAUUAAAUGUAAUGUGUGAUAGAGGAACAGAAUCAUUUUUAGAAUCAAAAAGAGAUUUGUUUGAUGUAUUUAAACAAUAUCCAACUUUGAAAGAUUCUUUGGUUCAAGUUUAUGGAAAUAUAUUUUAG